GUCAAGUUGGUCACUAAAGAAUAUUGUCAUUAAAAUCAAUAUUGUUCUAGCCAAUCCACGCUGUCCAUUGAACCCUAAAAUCUCAAGAAUUUACAAUCUUGAAGUAUAAAAGUUCGCACAAGUUCACGUCAGAAAUUAGUUCUAGAUAGCCUUUUGAAUUGCUGACAGACACAAUGGCUUUGAUCUUCCAAUUUGCUGUUCUUUUAGUAGCCUUGGUGGUAUUGGACACUGCAAAAGCCUUUGUGGAACCUAAUUUAUCUACAAGUAAUAGGACUGCAAGAAGACUUGGAGACCGUUUAAAGAAGCCAUCACUCAAUUUAAACAAUUGUGAAACUCAAACGGGACAUACAGGAAGUUGCAUGACACGUUUCAAUUGCAUGCGAAAUGGUGGAACGGUUUCGGGAUUUUGUGGAACUUAUGGAGUCUGUUGUGAAACAAAUGUACAAUGUGGCAAGACAUCCAAAUUGAAGAGGACCCUGAUUCAGACCCCAACGAGUAUUCCUUCAAAAUGCACCUAUGUCUUUGAACCCUACAGCCCAAAUGUCUGUCAAAUUAAGAUCGAAAUGGAGGAAUUCCGUUUGCAACAGCCCCAAGCUGUAACAACUGGAGCUAAUGCAGGAGACACUGUUGAAUGCAGUGACCGUCUUGAGGUCAACGAUAUAACCCUUUGUGGAAAUAACGAUGGUCAACAUUUGUAUGUGCCAUUUGAUGUUGCUGGUGGAACUGAUGCCAAUGUGAAUUUAAUCUUCAAUCUUCCUAACCGUGAUCCAGUAUCUCGAUGGAGACUGAUUGUGACACAAUUAGAGUGUCCAACAGCUUCUACUCGAAAAGGACUCCUUCCAUUUGCCAAAAAUGCUGGUUUUCAAGACUUGAAGAAUAUAUUCUCAUCUCAAAGCAACGACUUGCCUAUGUUAGCUCCACGAGGAUGUACGCAAUAUUUUACAGAAAGGACUGGAACUUUCGAGUCUUUCAACUUUAAUAGUGGUGUAGGGCCUUAUAUGAGUAAUUUGAACUAUGCCAUUUGUUUUCAACGGCAAGUUGGGGAUUCAGCAAUCGAAUUCUCUUUCACAGAUUUUGGAUUACCUAAUGAAGGAGUUAAUAAUGGUUAUGAUACUGAUUGUCAUUCGUUGAUUCCUACAACCGGGAGGUCGGAUGACUAUUUAUUGAUUCCAGGAGCGGUUGUAACUUCGACUCUGGGCACUUUGCAACCAACUUAUUUUUGUGGAACUUCGACAAAAGGAACAAAAGCUAUUUAUGGCGCUGCAGGACCUUUUGUAAUUUAUUUCAACAGUGACCAGUAUUCUUCGCCGCAGGAUUUAGGAUUUCAAAUUACUUUCAAUAUUGCUUAGAAUUAAUUUAUUAUUUUAAAAACUUAACGAAGAUAAAAAUGUAGAAAUAACAUUUUUGAUUACCAAUGGAAUAAAG